GUAUUUGUUGUUUUUAUUCGCUUCUAUAAGUACUGCAGUGCAUUUCAAUUACUCAAUUUUCAAUUACAAUUAUCCUAAAAACUUACUAAACAUGAAACUCUUAUUAGUUUCUGCAGCUGUGGCUUUCUUUGCCCUAACAUCGUGCCUUCCCACCGAUGAAUUGGAAGAGUAUGAUUCAUACAGGGGUAUCAUUGGAGACAUCAUCAACGACACGAUUAAUAAUGCUUUGAAAAACAUGUCGGAUCCGACAGAGGUAAAAGACAUGAAUUUGGUUCUGGAUAAAAUGGUUAACGGAAGAUUAAACAUAUCAGGAACGACUAUCAGUGGAAUCAAAAGCAUAGUGGCAAGUGUGAUCGAUGUAGAUAUUGGAGCUCAAACCCUCAAUAUGUCUAUUGAAAUGACUAAAACAUUAUCCUUCAAGACAAAUUAUGACAUGGACUUAGUCGUAGCUGAUGUGGUUCCUUUAUAUGGUAAAGGUCCUCUCAGCGUUGAUUUCACCGGUGCUAAGCUCAGCAUAUUAGGAAAGCUCGAUAUUCAGAGUUUGUCGAACAUCACAGUCGCAGAAGUCGAUGUGCUCUUUUUACUAGACUCCGCUAAUUUCGAUAUACAAGGAUUACUCAACAAUCCAGAAUUAAGUAUGCUCGUCAACGAAGCACUCAACGAUAAUUUAGUCAGUUUCAUUGAUCAGAACAAUCAUCUUCUUUCUAACAUUAUCGGGCCUAUUAUUAAAGAUAUUAUUAACAGCAUUUUGCAUAAGAAAAAGUGAUUUAAUAAAUUGUGUUAACACCUGCUUAAUAAAUAUAUGUAAAUUUAAUAUUACAAAAAUAAACUAUGCUUGUUAUUUCUCAUUCUUUCAUCGGUGUAUGUGUAUAGG